UGCGCAGCCAACGAGGAAGGAACUCAUGAGAAAAAAAUCAUUUCUAUAGAAAAUUGUGUUAUUUGUAGGUUUGUUAAGUCGAAAGAAAAAUACGAGCGCCUUAUUCAUUAAUCGCGCAGUAUAUAGUUGUCCUUUCUACCUAUGAUACGUUUUACAUUGAUGAACCGCGUUAUGUCUCUUAUCGCGUUCAGUAUGUUUCGAUGACGCGCAUUCACUAGAUAGCAAAACUGGUGUGUAUAUGACGUACUAAAAUAAGAUGGCCGACAUUCGUCCUAUCAGCUGCCAACAGCACAACACCCGUAUCAUUUAUCUUAUGAACUUUUCCUGCACUACACGCUACUUCGAGCAUUAGCCUUAAACCCGUGCCAUACUAAUAAGUACCUCCAAAGAUAGAUUUAUGGAAUACGGAGAGUCUGAUAGAGUUGUACGAGAGGAGAGGCUUUUAAAUUAGCGAAGGGAUAGGCGGAGGAAAUAUUCUGACACUGGUGUUAAACAAUCUCAAAAAAAUAAUCCGACGCAGUGAUCGAGGACAAAGUGAGAUAGUGUGCAGUGGGUUUUGCGCUAUAAGACAAUGGAAUACGUAUUGAUAAAGGACAUACGGCCCGGCCAAAAAAAUAUCAAUGUGGUGUUUAUUGUUCUGGAAGUUGGCCAUCCUACGUUCACCAAAGAAAACCGCGAAGUACGAACAUUCAAAGUGGCCGACAAUACCGCCUGUAUGAACGUUUCUAUUUGGGACGAACCAGGACAAUUGUUGGCACCUGGUGAUAUUGUUAAACUUACUAAAGGAUACGCAUCGGUAUGGAGACAGUGCCUGACACUCUAUUCAGGCAAGAAUGGAGAUAUACAAAAGAUUGGUGAAUUUUGCAUGGUGAUCAAUGAGCAACUUAACAUGAGCGAGCCUAAUUCUGCCCUUGUUCAGCAAUUAGUUAAUCAGGGCGGAUCGGGAUCACCAGGGAGCAACGUUAAUAACAGCAUCACGAAUAACGGAAACGCAAAUAACGUCAGUGGACCUCCUGGAAGGCAACUACCGGUCAUCCAGAGUAACGCAACGACACCUACUACGGGAGCGGCCAGCAGUUCCACAUCUGCAAAAAGUGGGAAUGGCGGUGGUGCAUCAGGAUUAGCAGGUGGUUCAGCAAGGUUUUCAGGAGAAUCCGGCACGAAACCAUCAACCACGGGGAAAGGGGGUACCCGCGGACGCGGUAGUUAUAGAAAUGGCGGUAGGAGUGAACGCAGAUAACACACGAACCAACAAUAAAAUCUUUUGUAUAAAAGAAGUUAUAUGCUGCGACACGAAUGUAAUAUACACCUUUUUUAUAAUAAUGAAUAACUGUAAAUGUGUAAGGAAUAAGAUCUUCGGAACCACGAUUAUUAAUUAAUACAACCAUUUUUACCUGUCUAA